UGCGGCACAGCGGCGCUGCUCCACCCCUCCUCCCCUCUGUGUAGGACGGUCCACCCCCAACAGCAACCCGAUACCGGAGACGAGCGGUCCAGACAAGCCUGCAAACGAGGCGUUCCCAGCCGCCCCGUCUGUCUGUCUGCCUGCCUCCCCAGCGGAGAUCCAAAGCGUCAAUGCCAAACGCCGCCGACUGCCUCGGGGAAGAUCAAUCCAAGAGAUAUGUGAUUCCUCCCCACGUCGUCUGCCACAAUGCGCGUAAAAAUCUCCGCUCGUUGCAAAACAGAAAAAGCUCGCUGUUGGCGCCGCUGACCUGUGAUUUUUGUUUUUUUUCGACCCUCGGCGGAGAUGAAAUGAGACGGGACGCGGAGAACUAACUGGCUAGCUGCUCGGCUAACAUCGGCUUGUGACCUAACCGAGCUAACUGGCUAACGCUUUUUGCCGAAAGGGUGGAUUAUUUAUUUUAUACAUGUAUAUAUUAAGCGUGCAGCUCAGAAUGGUGUGCGCUUACACCAACUAGUUGUACGACGUUUAUUUUUGCACUAUUUACCUUCUUUGGCCAAGUUUUCUAGCACCAGACAGCCCCGCCCCCCCACCCCCCCCGGCAGCUAGCAUGCUAGCUAGCAGACAUGGACGCCGUUGGAUGGCUAGUUGUAGACUGCAGAUCCGGCAAACGCGUUAGCUGCUCGGGGCGUCUGUCCGGCCCGCGCGGGGGUCGAUAACGGGACCUACUUUCACCAACACGUACGCCGAACACAACAACGGUCAAUUUCUUUUUUUUUCUUUUGGUUUAGUUUGGUUUUCCCCCAUAUUUAUUAACGUCGUAGGCAUCGAAUGUUUCCCGUGACCGAUAACUCCGUUCAAGUUAUUGAGCUGACGUGAAGAGAAGAAGAACACGGUGGCGCCCGCGAAACGAGAGGACGGAAAGAAGCAGACGAGGACACGAACUGGGGGACCGAACUCUGGCUGUAACGCUGUCAUGGCCGUGGGGCUAAUCACGAUGAAAUCACUCGCUAAAUAUGGGUUCUGCCUGACGAUUCUCCUGACUUCUGUUGCUGCGGCGCAGGGCGAGAAGAGGAAGUGCGCCGCCGCCUUCCAGCAGUGGGAGGUGAACCAGGUUGCGGGGGACGAAGGUCUCAUCUCCCCGGAGAACACCACCGUCGAGUGCAAUGAGGGGAACCACUGCUACGGCCUGUGGGAGAAGAGUCUUCCGGGCGAGGUGCGACUGGUCAAACAAGGCUGCUGGCCCCACCUGGGUGACCACCAGGGUUGCCGCGACGACCGCUGCGUGGUGACCAACCUCCCGCCGCAGAUCCAGAAUGGGACGUACCACUUCUGCUGCUGCGGCAGCGACAUGUGCAACGUCAACUUCACGGAGGACUUCCCCCUGCCGAGCCCCACUACGGCGCAGACGCCUCACCUGCGCCCACUGCGCCACGAGGAGACAAUAAUCAUCGCCCUGGCAACCCUCUCCGUACUGGCUGUGGUUGCCGUGGCAGCCUUCUUCGGUUACCGCAUGAUGCGUGGAGAUGGUAAGCAAGGCCUUCACAACCUGAAUAUGAUGGAGGCCGCCAGCUCCGAGAGCUCUCUGGAUCUGGACAAUUUGAAGCUCCUGGAGCUGAUCGGGCGCGGCAGAUACGGCGCCGUCUACGGCGGCUCUCUGGACGAGCGGCCCGUGGCGGUGAAGGUGUUCACAGCGGCCAACCGGCAGAACUUCCUCAACGAGUGCUCCAUCUACCGGCUGCCGCUGCUGGAGCACGACAACAUCGCCCGCUUCGUCGCCGCGGACGAGCGGACGGGCCCGGAGGGACGCACGGAGUACCUGCUGGUCAUGGAAUACUACCCGCAUGGCUCUCUGAGUCGCUACCUGGGAGUCCAGACCAACGACUGGGUCAACAGCUGCCGCCUCGCUCAUUCCGUCACCCGCGGCCUGGCGUACCUGCACACGGAGCUCUUCAAAGGAGACCUGUACAAGCCGGCGGUGUCCCACAGGGACCUGAACAGCCGCAACGUCCUGGUCAAGGCGGACGGCGCGUGCGUCAUCAUCGACUUUGGCCUGUCCAUGAAGCUGACGGGGAACCGGCCGGCGCGCCACGGCGAGGAGGAGAGCACGGCCAUCAGCGAGGUGGGGACGAUCCGCUACAUGGCCCCGGAGGUGCUGGAGGGGGCGGUGAACCUGAGGGACUGCGAGUCGGCGCUGAAGCAGGUGGACAUGUACGCCCUGGGCCUGAUCUACUGGGAGACCUUCAUGAGGUGCACCGACCUCUUCCCUGGAGAGUCGGUGCCAGAGUACCAGAUGGCAUUCCAGGCGGAGGCAGGGAACCACCCAACGUUUGAGGACAUGCAGGUCCUGGUUUCUAGGGAGAAGCAGCGGCCCAAAUUCCCUGAGGCCUGGAAAGAGAACAGUUUGGCGGUCCGCUCUCUGAAAGAGACCAUGGAGGACUGCUGGGACCAGGACGCCGAGGCCCGUCUCACGGCCCAGUGUGCCGAGGAGCGCCUGGCCGAGCUGCUGCUCAUAUGGGACCGCUCCAAGUCGGUCAGCCCCACGCUGAACCCCAUGUCCACCACGCUGCACAACGAGCGGAACCGCAUGACGCCGCGGUCGGGCCCGUACGCGGACCAGACGUCCACCUACAUCGAGGAGAACGAGGGCGUCGGCAAGAACCCGCAGGCCGACGGCGCCGGCCGCGCUGGCGGCCGCGCCGGAACCGGGGAGAGGAACCGGAACUCCAUCAACCAGGAGCGGCAGCAGCAGGCCCACACCCGCCUGCCCAGCCCAGAGGGCAGCAGCACCAGCACCGGCCUCAGGGGAAGCCCCUCGGCCUCCACCACGACCACCACCAUCGUCUCCGACUCAGAGGGCCCUGCGGGGACUCCCGCCGUGCCCGUCUGCCUCCACCUGACCCAGGAGGACCUGGAGACUACCAAGCUGGACCCGAAGGAGGUCGACAAGAACCUGAAGGAGAGCUCCGACGAGAACCUGAUGGAGCACUCGCAGAAGCAGUUCUGCUCCCCGGACGCGCUGAGCCCCGGCAGCUCCAGCCUCCUCUACCCGCUCAUCAAGAUGGCGAGCGAGGCCGCAGGCGCUUCUGACGCCGCCGCCGACCCCCUGCCCACCGCCAUCUUCCCUCUCCCCAAGCAGCAGAACUUGCCCAAGAGGCCGUCCAGCCUGCCGCUGCGCACCAAGCCCGCCAAGAAAGAGUCGUCCUCGUCGUCCUCGCUGAGGUUCAAGUUUGGCCGCUCGGGGAAGUCCAACCUGCGGAAGGUGGAGGGGACAAAGAUGAACAUUGCCGCGGCGGCGGCCGCCAACGCGGAGCCAGAGGCUCACGGGGGCGCCGGCACGAACAACGCGGCCGCCCUCCGGAAUGCGCACGUCAACGGCCAUGGGCGCGCCGGCGUCUCGGCCGUGGUUGCGGGCGGGGCGACGGGUUUCGGAGGGUCCAGCGCGACCGAGAGCGGGUCGGGGGCGCCGCGGCCCGACGACGGCCGCCUGAGCCUCGGCGUCAUCACGGCCAGCCCCGACGAGCACGAGCCGCUCCUGAGCCGCGAGCGGGAGCGGCCCGACCCGAGGGAGGCGGGGCCGGGGAGCGCCGCGGCCCUCCGCUCGGCCCGCACCAACACGAACAACAACAACAGCAACACCGGCCGCGGCGGGGGGGGCGGGGAGAGCGGAGGAGAGAGCGACGCGGGAGAGGAGGGGGCGGGGGAGGAGGAGGGGGGAGACGCCGGGAGCAGGGAGGCGGUGGCGGCGGCGGCGGAGAGUUCUGGGACGGGUUCCGGCUUUGCCGCGCCCCCCCAGCGUGAAGCUCCGGCUGCCAUGAGAGGGGAGGCGCUGCUCAGGCAGCCCAGAGCCCGCCGGCCGGAGAGACCCAACUCGCUGGACCUGUCCUUCACCACGCAGGACCUGAGCUCACUGGGGGAGGGCUUGGUCCAGCCGGACGGCGCCUUCGGGCCGGGCGGCGACAAGAUCAAGAAGCGCGUCAAAACGCCGUACUCCCUGAAGAAGUGGCGCCCCACCACGUGGGUCAUCUCCACGGACGCCAGGGGGCCGGAGGUCAACAACAACAACAACAACGGGUCGUCCCGCGCGCCGGCCCCUCACGGCCAGAGCCGGCCCAAGUCCAGUUCGGCCAUCUACCUGCGGGGGGGCGGCUUGGCCGGCGGGCCGGGCGACACGCACGUGUGAAAAGAAACGCAGACACUCUUGACAAAAGACUUGAGGAGGAAAGGCAAGAAAGGAGAAAAAAAAGAAUUUAAAAAAAGUAGUAACAAUCAGAGAGCGCUUGGUUUGAGUGUGCUGAGCUCCCUGCCUCUCGGAUCAGCAACAGGAAGCUCCCGGAGCGAGUCGCCAAACAGUCGGCGGAGCGCGAUUGUGUACAGUCCUUUGGUCCGUCUCACUGCUGUGUGUCUUUCUGAUGAUGGCAUUGCUUUAAAUGGAAUCUAGCUAUGCAGCGUUCUCACCCGCUUCCGUUUAUCACUUUUUUUAUUACUCUCCCCAUUGUUUGUUUUUGCUGUUGUUGGUUUUUUUGUUUCGUCCUCAUGAGUGUAUAGCGACGUUAUUGAUUUUUCUUUCGUUUCCCAUGUGCACUUUGAGCCGACUAAAAUCAGUGUUUAGAAAAGCCCCGUCUGUUGCGACCACAACAAGAAUUGGUCUCUAAACUAAAGAAAAAAGGCGAAGUCAAACAAUCAGCCCUUUGGGCGCUCUCGCUCGCUGCAUCAAACGAUGUUCGCCAGCGCCCUCGGUAAAAAAGAAUUUGGCGGUCUCAGAAGACGGCAACAAACUGCUCAAAAUUCCUAUUUGUUUUCCUCCAUUUUGUAUGCAAUACCAAUUUUAUUUUGCCCGCGUAUCAAUUUUUUUAAUAAAAUUCUUUUUAUUUUUUUAAAUGUGCAAUAGGAUUUAGCUUUUUAGAACACUUUUAAUAUUUCGGUUCCUUUCGGUUCUCGUUUCAAUCCCCGUCGUUACGUUCGAUGCGUUAUUCUCUGUUGCACUUAUGAAUUGUCACAAUCGUUUUGUAAAACAAUCCACUGUACACUCUCAACCCACCCCCCCACCUCGACUUGAGGGGAGAGAACGGAUGACAAUCCUUGCUUUCUUCUCUGGACUAUUGCUCGGUGGAUGGGGGGGUCGGGGGGGGGUUUGGGGCACAAACCUUUACAAUCAACCCCCUAAGCUGACUGGAAGAAGAAAAGAAACUCGCUGGCACGAUGGGUCCUUCAAAUGCUACGAUUCACCGGAAUCGAACCUACAGAGGGAUCUGUUACGGCGGCCCGGCUCCCCAUCACCUGACCUCACUGUGUCAUGUGACUGAAACACUAAGAAAGCCCGGAUUCUGCUCCUCAAAACAAACUGACACUACACUAAAAGAAACCAACCCCGCCUUUCUGACACCCGCUGAAUUAUUAUUUCUGCUUCUCCUCGUGUCAUCGACUGAUUCCCAAGUCUCGUGUUUUUCCUUAACGUGCAGUAAGAAUUGUGGAGGCGCUGCGCCGCGCAGGCGUGCUGAAAUGUCAUCGUACCCUUUCUGUGUGUUCAGGUCGCUGCUUCAGGGCAUAUGAAAAGAUCUCAUUUUAUGUUUUUGUAAUCUGUAAUUUGUAUGGGAAAAAAAAACAUGUGUACCGCAUUGAUAUUUGCAUCAUUUUUAUGGAAUUCUGUUUUUUGCGUUCAAUGGACGCGGCCUUCGAUACCAUUGCUAUGCAUCUGCUUGGUACGGUUUCUGUAAACAUUUUCAAGUCAAUAUAGAAGAAAAAAGUCAAUAAAUGUAUGAAAUAAU